AUGAAAGAACAGUGUGGCAAGUUACCAAAGUGGCACUGUCCAUAUUGUGGUCAUAGGACCUACCGGAAGUAUAAUCUGAAACUUCACGUGGCCCAGCCAUCGUACCAACGGUUACUUGCUUCAGCGGCUCUAUCUCAUGUGACUACGGUAGGUGUGCAAAUAUUUCAUCAUUUCUUAGAUAGCCAACCUAAUUCUAUAUUCGCGCGUUUUUUUGUCCUUUUCCUCCACCGCCACUGGAUAGAUUUUCAAAAACCAUAAAGCUUUUUCUCGUCCUUGGCUUAGUAGUAACCUUGUAUGAGAAAAAUUUGAUCUAAAUCCGAGCCGUACUUUCCAAGUUACAGACGGGCCAAGGAUUAGCGGACAAACAUACUGACAAACAAACAGACAAACCGAAGGAAAUGUGUGAUCCCAUUUUUCGUAACGUAAAAGUGGUGUGUGCUGGUGGUCCCGCUAUUUAUCCCAUCUAUUUUUUUCCCGCUGAACACGAAUCUGAAGCCAUAAUUGAGGGUCAUUGGACAAAUAUGAGAGAAAUUUAGGCAUAAAAAUAGAGAUUCUAUUUCUGGUAGUUCAAGAAUAAAAAAAAUACGAUGUCUGGUUUGUGUUAAAUGUUCGAGCGCGCAAAGGACCGAAAAAUAUGGGAAAGAGCCGCUGGCAACUAUCAAAUUCAUGUUCUAG